CGGAGAGAAACCAGGCAGGCGCAGACACCUUCACGCACCGAGCAGCGGUUUGUUUGGCGGCCGGGACCCGAUCCUUUAAAACCAUGCUGGAUUGACUGCGGAGAGGCAACUCCAAUCAAUGGCUUGGCUUUGAAAUCGUUUCAAAUUUAUUGGAAAGGAGCGCGAGAUAGAGCGACAGAGGGAGUGGGAGAGAGAGGGAGAGCGAGAGAGUGGCGCGAGGGGUGGAAAUAAAGAUCCUUUCAACGAUGGAGCUGACAAUGGAAAACAUCGGAAAUCUGCACGGUGUAUCUCACUCCCAUCAAACCAGCGACUUAAUGAACUCCCCGCACGCGCGCCAGUCGUCGGCGUCGCAUCGGAACUUGGUGUCGCACGGGCGGUCAGCCAUGGUGUCCAGCAUGGCCUCGAUACUGGAGGGAGCGGGGGACUAUCGCCCAGACCACGCUUUGUCUGGCCCCCUGCAUCCGGCUAUGACCAUGUCGUGCGACUCCGGGAUGAGCCUGAGCAGCACCUACACAACGCUGACGCCGCUACAGCACCUGCCCCCCAUAUCCACGGUCUCGGAGAAAUUUCACCAUCCACACCCGCAUGCUCACCACCAUCCAGCACACCAGAGACUUGCAGCUGGGAAUGUCAGCGGCAGCUUCACCCUGAUGAGAGACGACCGAAGCCUCGCCUCUAUGAGUAACCUCUAUGGCCACUACCCCAAAGAUAUGUCCGGGAUGGGGCAGCCCUUGUCACCCCUGUCCAACGGGCUCGGGUCUUUGCACAGCUCCCAGCAGACUCUCAGCGCCUACGGUCCCGGAGCUCACCUCUCCAACGACAAGAUGCUCUCCUCGGGGGGGUUCGAGUCUCACGCAGCCAUGCUGUCCAGGGGUGAAGAGCACUUGGCCCGCGGUCUUGGGGGUCACGGGGGCGGGCUAAUGACAUCCUUGAACGGUAUACACCAUCACAGCCAUCCGCACUCUCAGGCAAACGGAUCCAUGCUCUCAGACCGAGACAGGCAGACGGUGGUGGGAGGCGGGCAAGGUGCUGGGUCAGGGCAGGUGGAAGAGAUAAACACCAAGGAGGUGGCACAGCGAAUAACAGCAGAGCUCAAGCGCUACAGCAUCCCCCAGGCCAUCUUUGCUCAGAGGAUCUUGUGUCGGUCCCAGGGAACUCUGUCUGACCUGCUGCGGAAUCCUAAACCUUGGAGUAAACUCAAGUCAGGCCGAGAGACGUUCAGGAGGAUGUGGAAGUGGCUCCAGGAGCCCGAGUUCCAGCGGAUGUCAGCGCUGAGGCUUGCAGCCUGCAAGCGCAAAGAACAGGAGCAACACAAGGACCGCAACACGGCGCCCAAGAAACAGCGUCUAGUCUUCACUGACCUGCAGCGCCGCACACUCAUUGCCAUCUUCAAGGAGAACAAGCGUCCAUCCAAGGAAAUGCAGAUCACCAUCUCCCAGCAGCUCGGCUUGGAGCUCAGCACCGUCAGCAACUUCUUCAUGAAUGCUCGCCGCCGCUGUGUGGACCGCUGGCACGAUGACCACGGUACCAGCCCCGGGCAGCCAGGCACCUCUGCCACCACCUUCUCCAAGGCCUGAGAGAAGCAGGAGAGGGCCUUUGGCGGGCCGAGGGACCAGGCCGGAACAACAGGCGACACUGGAAAUUCCCUGCAAAGCCUGUCUGUAACAGCCCUGCCAGGCCCGGAGCGCCUGAAGGUGUCCUCUACACGAUAUAAAAAUCCUUUGUGCCAUGCAAUCAUCUUUUACGUCAGUUAAAAUUUCAAGCUCUCACCUGAAACAAGCAUAAUCUAAAAAGGUGAAGUGUGAAGUCAGGUCCACUCUGCAUUUCUCACACACAAGGACAAUCAUUGAUUUUGUCUUUUUUUUCCCUUUUUUUUUUUGAGAGAAAAUAAUUUUUAUGGCAUCUGACAAAGCAAAGCGACACCAAAGAUUUGACGUUUCUGUUGGGCGGUAUCUACAUGAUGCUGGCCUCCUCCUUCACCACCCAAGUAGCCACUGAUUCUGCUUUUUCCUCUCAACUCACCUCCUUUGUGUCUGCCUCCUCGCUGUUUCACACACACACACAC